AUGCUAGCGCUGAGUAUUUAUAAGAGCCAGGUUAGGUGUCACAAGUAUAUCUUUAAGAAAUCUUGUUGUAUAUCCUUUUCUAGGACAUUUUUGGGUUUUCCUUCUCCAUUUCAUAAUAAUGCUCCAAAUCUACAAUCAAAAAAGAUCAGUAAAAGAGUCAAUGCUAGUCCUAAAGAAAUGUUUGAUAUAGUCUCAGACGUAUCAAGAUAUCAUGAGUUUGUCCCUUUCGUUGAAAAAUCAAUUAUACAUUCUAGGGAUCCGAAAACAAAACAACCUACUGUUGCUGAACUACGUAUUGGUUGGAAGGAAUAUGAUGAGAGCUUUACUUGUAAAUUAAAUUGUAUUCCAAAUAAAAAGGUGGUUGCGGAAUCUUUGACUUUGGCUUUAUUCGAGCAGUUGCAGACUGUGUGGGAAUUUUCAGAGGUCAAGACAUUGAGUGGUGUAGCUUGUAAUGUUGACUUGGCUCUUAAUUUUAGUUUCAAGAACCCGAUUUAUACAGCAAUAAGCAGUCUCUUUUCAGACCAAGUGUCACAGAUAAUGAUAAAGGCAUUUGAAAAUAGAGUUAAAGAGUUGAAGUCUGGUAGGCAACUUUCAUAG